UCUAAUGAUGAAUAUACAUCCUCUGCUAAUCAAUUAGUUAAAUUAAACUUCGAUUUACUCAAUCAUAAUGAUUUAUUAAACAUUUAUAUAAAAAUACUUAGAUUAUACUUGGAAGAUGAUGAUUACAUUACCUCAGAAAUUUAUUUGAAUAGGUCUGCUUCUUUAUUACAUCAAACCACUGAUAAAUCUAUCAUUUUGGCCUAUAAGUUAUCACAAGCUAGGAUUUUAGAUUUCAAACGUGAAUUCGAAAGGUCUUCACUGACAUUUCAGGAGCUAUCAUUUGAUAAAGAUCUAGAUAUUAAUGAGAGGCUAAACUCUCUUGAUUCUGCUAUCAUUACAGCAAUUUUGGCACCUGCAGGUCCACAAAGAUCUAGAAUUUUAAAUACACUCUAUAGAGAUGAAAGAUCAAAGUCUUUAGAAACUUUUAGCAUACUUGAAAAAGUCUUCUUUGAUAGAAUUCUAUUCAAGAACGAUAUAACAUCUUUUGAACAGAAUCUGAGUUCACAUCAGUUGGCAAAAAUAAAUGAACCUCCUUUAGACGAUCAGGGUAGAAGACAAGGCCCUUCAAAUGUUCUCGAAAGAGCUAUGAUUGAACAUAAUAUUCUUGCAGCGUCAAAGAUUUACUCAAAUAUAACAAUUGAUGGUUUAGCUAACUUGCUUGAUUUAAGUCCAUCAGCGGCAGAAUCGUUUACAUCUAAAAUGAUACUUCAAUCUAGAUUAGACGCUUACAUUGAUCAAGUUUUAAAUGCUAUCAUUUUC